UAGUAAACCAAUAGGAAAUGUUAUUGAUCGACUGAAAAUUUUAAAAAAUAAUACAAACAUUAAACACUAGUAGUCGUGGUCGCUUCAGUGUUCACUUGUUCAGUUCAGAUCAGACGCGGACAAAUGUAUAUUUAUGCUACUGACUGAGUUUAUCAAUUAGCACAUCGUUGACGAAACUUAGUACCGUAGUAAUUCAUAUAGGGAAUUACCGCGGCGUUGACGUGUAUUAGAAUUGUUUAAAUAAAAUAAAAAUGAAGUCGUGUAAUUCUUUUCUACCUCUAUUUAUUGCUCUUGCAGUUUUAAGUCGAAGUGUUUUUUGUUACGAAAUUGAUACCUACGAUUUUCUCAUGCCAAAUGUUUGGCCUAACAAGGAUGAAGUAUACUUAUGUACUCCUAUAAGAAUAGCUCCGCAGAAAAACUUCUAUGUGGUGGGAUUUAAGCCUAAUGCUACGAUGCAUACAGCCCAUCACAUGCUUCUAUACGGCUGUUCUGAACCAGGGUCAAAUGACUCUGUAUGGAGCUGUGGUGAAAUGCAGAGCAACGAAUUGGAUAGCCAUUACAACACAGCAAGUCCCUGCGCCUCUGGAUCACAGAUAGUAUACGCGUGGGCUCGUGACGCACCUCGUCUGCAGCUUCCAAAGGAUGUGGGCUUCCUCAUCGGCCACGACUCCUCCAUCAAAUAUCUUGUACUCCAAGUGCACUAUAUGACGAAGUUUCCAGCUGGUAAGACGGAUAACUCUGGAGUAUUUUUGGAGUACACAACAACUAAAAUGCCUCGCCAGGCGGGCGUGUUCCUGCUGGGCACGAGCGGGGUCAUCGCCCCCCACGGCAUCGAGCACAUGGAGACCGCUUGCACCAUCAACGAGGACAAAGUUAUACACCCCUUUGCGUUCCGACCUCACACGCACUCUCUCGGUACCCAAGUAACUGGCUACGUUGUACGUCGAUCUGAGAAAGGUGAUACCUGGCAAGUGUUGGGCAGCAAGAAUCCUCAGCUACCUCAGAUGUUCUAUCCGGUCGUGAACACCUCCCCUAUCAUGAAAAACGACGUGCUUGCAGCCCGUUGCGUUAUGAAUAAUACCCACUAUCAUACUGUUCAGAUUGGACCAACAAACAAUGAUGAAAUGUGCAACUUCUACCUUAUGUAUUGGGUUGAAAACGACACUCCUCUCAGCCAGAAAUAUUGCUUCUCCGCCGGUCCGCCUUACUACUACUGGAACAGGGCUCCCGAAGCCUUCGACCGCAUUCCUGACAUGGAUGUCAAUAUAUUGUAAGAAGUUUAAAAUUCCGAUAUGUUCCUUGACUAUAUAGACUAGGAGUUCGUUGUAAAAUAAACGAUCUGAUUGAAAAAUAAUAUAGCGUGAAACGCCAAAAAAAAUAUUUUUGAUCUCAAUUUAAAAAAUAUAUAUAAAAA